GGGUAACAGUGACCCACGCAACCCUGAAAUGAUAAAGCAGACAUGUUGUAAGUUGGACGUUGCAGCGCUGGAGACGUCACCAUGAAGGGUCUGAGCUCCAUGUGGGCCCUCUCAUUGGGUUUUGUGACGGGGGCCUGCUGCAUGUACAUCUUUCUGCACCAGGUGUGGUUUGAGCGAAGCUACCCCGUUCUGUCAGAGACUCAGGAAAGGGCUGCGACGAUGGAGGAGAAACCAACGAACUGGAGGAAAGAGGGAGCUGCACUCAUUAACCUGAUCCACCCUCAUCAUGAAGACGAGGACGGCCUGGUGGCAGACGUGCUGUACCAGAAGGUCCGUGUUCUCUGUUGGGUGAUGACGGGACCGUACAACCUGCAGAGCAGAACCCGCCACGUCCGAGCCACCUGGAGUCGCCACUGCAACGUUGUUCUGUUCAUGAGCUCCGUGGAGGAUCCCAGCUUUCCCACGGUGGGUUUGGGCACAAAAGAAGGCCGCAACCAGCUCUACUGGAAAACCAUCCGAGCCUUUCAUUACGUCUACGAACACCACAUGGAUGACGCAGACUGGUUCCUGAAAGCUGAUGAUGACACCUUUGUGGUGGUGGACAACCUGCGUUGGAUUCUGUCCAACCACACGCCGGAGGAGCCCGUCUACUUUGGUAAACGCUUCAAGCCUUACUCCAAACAAGGCUACAUGAGUGGAGGUGCUGGCUAUGUGCUCAGCAAGGAGGCCCUGAAGAGAUUUGUUGAAGGUUUUCGGACCAAGGUUUGCGUGCACACCACUCCCGUUGAAGACCUAGCAUUGGGACAGUGUUUAGAGAAGAUGGGCGUUCUGGCUGGGGAUUCCAGAGACACUUUGCAUCGAGAAACCUUUCACCCGUUUGUGCCUGAGCAUCAUCUAACCACCAAGUUCUCCAAGAGCUUUUGGUACUGGAGCUAUUGCUACUACCCAAUUGUUGAGGGUCCACAGUGCUGCUCUGACCUGGCAGUGUCGUUCCAUUACGUUGAAGCAGAGCUGAUGUACACACUGGAGUAUUACACCUACUACCUGAGAGCGUAUGGCUACGUGCCGCGCUAUCAGCCCUCCGUACGUCAGAGUCUGAACAUCCCUCAGCUCUCGCAGACAGCCAUGACUGCAGGAACUAAAGCAGUUCAGGAGACAACAGGAGGAGGGAAUCGCACACCUGCUGCUGCAACUUUUAACUUUAGUGAAAGCCAAACCAGAGAAGAGACACACUCAGAGACAGGCAAGAAAGAGGAUCUGAACUUUAAUUUGUCUGAGAUCAGAACUGCGAGCGCACAAGAACAUGGCUGA